UGCAGACUUACAGUGGUUUGUCAGUGGACUUGUGUAUAGGUCGGGUUCGAUAAGGAAACAUAAUACAUGUCAGGCUUCGCCGACUUCCAGAAGAUAUACUCAAUAGUGAUAGAGAGAAAUACGAACAAUAGCCUUAUAUACCGCAGAGUAUGCCGUUGUAAGUAAGUAGAGAAUGCAUAUAUACCCAGGCUGACGGUGAACCUUGACGGAGGGCUAAUCGUAAAACCAACACUUGUUGUCGGUAUUAAAAUGUUUCUUUAAGACAGGUAAUCGCUCAUAUUUCUCUGGGAUUUAAAUUUCGCUUGGUUACAAACACGCUGACGUUCAAAUUAGAAAUCUGCAGAGCGUGUUAAAUGGCGGAGGAAGGUGGCGAUACAGAGCGGUCACCCAAAGGAAUACACGAGAGUUAAGGAAACGGACGGUAAUCAAGCUGCUUUAGUUGUGUGGUAUUCCUCUGGACUAUGGUGUGAAAUAAACACACUUUGGACGUUCCUUACAUGACAGUGGGAUAAUUACAGCAUGACUUAAGGUACGUGACUAUUGUUUGAUACGUGUGUGUACGAAAUCUGCGAUAAGUGAGAUCGGAAGACGUCACAAUGAGACUGUUUACAUCCACUGUGUGUUUAGAGGAAUUCGAACCUCGACCCCCGUUUCUGACGGACCCUACACGAGACAAUCUUAAAACUAUGGGAUACACAUCGACCUACAGAGACCAUAAAUUGAGGCUUCCAACUCCAGAGAAAGUCGCCAUCAUGGAACUCUCAAACAGCUUCGAGCGGCGGAGACUUGGCAAACAACAACAAAUGUUGACUGAUAUGAAUCAACGCUGCAGAGAACAAGAAGUUACUGAUUUGUCCAACAAACUCACUGAAAAGUGCUGUCUUUUGGAUUCAGAAAACAGAAAAGCCAGAGAGGUUGAAUUUUAUCGUACAAACUUUAUGACAAGAAGACAAAAAACAUAUCAUGGUUUUCCUGAUGAGGAGAGUCUAGACCAUAGCGACUCGAACUCGCCAUCCCAAUCCCCCGGAAGUAGAUCACCGCACCAGGUUUUUGACAAAGGUUACAAACACUUCCCCGCCAGAAAGGUCAUGAAACACCAGUCUCGGUUUGACCUUGGCCGCACGCAUUACCGGCACCACGUAAAACACCAACCAAAGGUUGAAAAGACACCACAACACACAGCGAUGCCUCAGUAUGCCGAAAAACUAUUCAAUAGGGCCAAACAUUUAGCAUCUCAAAGAAUCAAUGGACAAGUACAGCUUGACCUCUACAAUAGUCCCCGAAAUGACCAUUUCGCCCCGCUGAUUCUGCCUAAUAUUGACAGCGGAUCUAAUAGUAAACUCGAAUCCAUCACCACGGCGCGCUUGAACUUGGGUACGCGGUCAAGGUCAACCCUUACCCAUGGAAUGGAUGGAAGUGUUGGUUUUCCCAGUAAUAAAAGUAGUUUCAAAAGCACGCGCUCCACACGUGCUCCUAAAACAUUGAACGGCGAAGUACUUUCCACCAUAAAUGUUCCCCGGACAGAAAUGAACACACAGGAUCCCUCUUCAAACACGGAUGUCCCGAGAGAGGGGAAGGAUAAAGAUGUGGCUACCCCGAGGGACGAGAAGAAUGACGUCACUGAAGCCGUUGUGACGCCAUGAAUUCUUUAUACGACAGUAACCAACAGGUGUAUAACAUGCACAUAUAAUAGUGUUAGAAAAAUAGUCACAAAUCUUAUAUAAAAGAAAUGGAUUGUGUAUGCAAAUAUGUGAUACGUUAUGCUUUAUUCUUCCUCAAUAUCAUCGAUUGUGCGAUAGGAAAUUUAAGAAGGGCGGAAGUGGGUUUUUGGAGGUAUAUAACCCGUAUUCAUAGAAACACGUUGUCGCUUAGUAGCGGUGAUAUAUUAAACAAUUGUGAGACAUAUUCGGUGGAUUUAAUGUUCAUAAGGUAUGGAUUAUGUAGACUACUACUGGACGAGUGUGUCUGCAGUAACGCAGACUUUUGGCACACCUGUACAUAGGUAUUGUUACCUGUUCUGUGUUUCCUGUCCUCACACCUGUAAUGAGCUAUAUGAAUUAUGUGUGUACCCUAUUGGUUUUAAGAUCAACACGGUAUUGAGAUUUGCAAUAUGACACACCAGAUUGUAUUAUGAUUUGUCCACAUUUUAUUCCGCAACUGUUGCCAGAAUCCUACUUUAUUAUUCUCUGGUCAGUUGUGCCAUUUACAUGAGUUUGUAUCUUAGCUUACAUGGAGUUGGCCUCAGUAUACGAGAUCUACAUUUACACGCUAAUGAAGGCAGAGGUUUCAAUGCGAUUUAACCCAUUCUUAUAGUAUGUGUACUCUUUGGUAUGAUAAUAUAUACAGAUGUUUCUGAAUAAAUACAGUCGCCUGAAUUCCUCUAUUGUCUUUUACGCACAGGUAAACUGGCAGCACUAUUGACCUGUUUAAUACACCUGUAACGCUAUCAGCUCUGGAUAAGCUGAUUGAAUAUCAUUUGAAUUGAGCCACCAACGGUUUCACACUGGUAUAUUUAACAUAGAGACACCCUCAUUAUCUUGAAAUAUCGAUUGAGUAUUUAAUUUCAGGAUUAUAUUUACAUUUACCUAUAUAUCAAACACACUGUACACGGAGUCCAGCUUACAGUUACGUUUGAAUCAAGUUUGAUUUAGUUAAACGACACAUUUAAUCAAGCGUUUGAAUCCCCUUUUCAAUAGCACGUGCAGAUAUAUAAAUAUUUGUGUAUAUAUUAUCCUUAGCAAUCGCUUUUAGCCAUAGAAAAUGAAAAUUUCGUUUUCAGGUUUUUUUCUAUUUUUUUUUUUAUAAUUCCUUAAUUUAACAUUUUAACUUACUUUGUGAUAAAGCUAAUAAAACCUCGUAUAACCUUG